AGAUUUCAAAUAUAUUUUGGGUGCUUUUAAAUAUUUGAAAUUAGUUUCAAUUUGAAUUCAAAUCAAAUAGUUCAGAACUAAAAAAUAUUAAAAAAAUGAAAUUCUUCGCUGUAUUUUUGGCCAUUUUCGCCUUCAUCUCCUGCAGUUUUGCCCUGAAGGAUGCUGUCUGUGGCCAAGCCCAUGCCAAAAACGGUAAUGGUGUCAUCUCCUGCUUGGGAUUCAUGAAGUCCUGGUCCUACAAUGUGGAAAGUAAUGAAUGUACCGAAUUCGUUUAUGGCGGCUGCAUGGGCAAUGACAACCGCUUCGAAUCCAAGGAAGCCUGCGAACAAAAAUGCAAAGAAUAAAUUUUACGAUGUGUGAUAAUCUGUGAUGGUGAUGGAUGAAUAAAGUUAAUUAGUUAAUGUUGAAAAAUUGAAAA